AUGGUAAGCUUCGAUGUGGUAUCUCUAUUCACGAGAGUACCCCUAGGCGAGUCAAUGGAUCCAAUCAAGGAAUCAUUCCCACCUGACAUCGCGGAGCUCUUCCGAGUGUGUCUGACUGGUAGCUAUUUCUUAUGGAACGGCAAUUACUACGAACAAACAGAAGGUGUCGCAAUGGGUAGCCCAAUCAGCCCAAUAAUUGCUAAUUUCUUUAUGGAGAGAUUUGAAGAAAAAGCGCUAGAGUCAUCCGUUCUGAAGCCCGCUGUAUGGUUUCGUUAUGUGGACGAUACAUUUGUGGUUUGGAAACAUGGACGUGACAGCCUAGAUGACUUCCUUCAUCACCUUAAUUCGCAGAGCCCGAGCAUAAAAUUUACCAUGGAAACCGAAGUAAACAACCAACUGGCCUUCCUCGAUGUGCUUGUCAAGAGAAAUGGCGACCUUUUGGAUCACACCGUGUAUCGAAAACCCACUCAUACAGACCGGUACUUACACAAACUAUCAAAUCACCAUCCAAGCCAAAAACAGGGGAUUAUCGGAACAUUAGCAAAUAGGGCAAGACGUAUCUGUGCUAAUGAACACAUCCAAGAGGAACUAAGUCAUUUAAAUAAAGCCUUUCUUGCCAAUGGCUAUAAUGACAGAGAAAUAAAGGCGGCGCUGGCACCUAGGCAGAGGAGACCUGACGCCAAUGAACAGGAAAACAUCAUUAAUAAGGCCUUCCUUCCAUAUGUUUCCCAGGUCACCGAUAGGAUUGGUAAAGUUCUCAAGAAGCAUAACAUCAAAACCAUAUACAAACCUACCCGAAAAAUAAGGGACUGCUUAAGACCAGCAAAAGACAAAAGAGAACCAUUAUCCUCUGCAGGGAUCUACCGUAUACCUUGUUCCUGCGGUAGCGUAUAUAUUGGAACUACCAAACGCUCAGUAGGAACGAGACUUACGGAACACAAGAGAAACUGCAGAUUAGGGCAAACAGAGAAGUCAGCCGUAGCAGAACAUGCUCUAAGAGAUGGUGAUCACAAAAUCCAAUUCGAAGACACCCAAGUCAUUGCCACAACAUCUGGAUAUCAUCCUCGUCUGGUCAGGGAAGCUGUUGAAAUUCACAAACAUCCAAAUAAUUUCAACAGGAAGGAAGAAACUUUCUACCUUAACAGAAUUUGGCAUCCAGCUAUAUCUAGGACCAAAGUAGCAGCACAGAGAAGUAGACCAGUUCCGGAAGAACUACCACCCGAACAAGCCACGCCCCUCCGCCGACGCAUAAAUACGCGCUACGCCGACGCGGAGGCAUCAGUCUAG